CCCCAUUGCCUCCCCUUCAAACCACCUUAAUCCCGUCAUUCCCAAGACCUACCAUCCCCAUCACCUCACCAAAAUUCCAAGCUUUCCAACCCCAACCCCAAAUACCCGCACAUGAAACCAUCAACCAUGGCCUUCCCCACCCCCCACAUCCACCCGCCCCAAACCACGCACAAGCACACGCACACAGCCAUCCUCCUCCACGGCCGCGGAAGCAAUGGCCCCGAGUUCGCAAACGAGCUUUUCUCAUUUCUGACCUCGCACAGCAAAUCCCUCCCCGAUGCCCUCCCUACCUGGCGCUGGGUAUUCCCCACCUCGCGCGACCGCCUCACCACGCGCUUCCAGGAGGAGAUCUGCUCCUGGUUCGACGCCUAUUCCCUUUCCGACAUCCAAGAACGCCAGUACCUGCAGGUCGAGGGGCUCAGGGAGUCUGUCUCUUAUAUCCUGGAGAUCCUAGACCGAGAAAUCAGCCUACUGGGUGGAGAAGCAAGCCAUGUCUAUCUUGGGGGCAUCAGCCAGGGUAUGGCGACGGCUCUCUGGACUUUGUUCUGCGCAGGGGGAAGGAUCGGGCGGUGUCUUGGGGGAGUUCUCGGGUUCUGUGGGUGGGUGCCCUUUGCGCGGGAGAUUGAGGGGUUGCUUCAGCAGGCGGCUGGAGAUGAUACACUCCGGGUUCAGCGGUUGGUUUGCGGGUUCUGUGUCGAGAUGCUUGGGUUUUCGCAGCCUUAUGGGGAGGUAGAAAGUCACGGUGCGUCGUUGCCUCUUUUCAGCACGCGGUUCUUACUAGGACACGGCACAGAUGAUGUCUGGGUGCCGGUGGAGCUGGGGAGGCAGGCGUUGCAGGUUGUCAAGGGGCUUACCGCGGGGGAGGUGGAGUGGAUGGAGUAUGCUGGGGCCGAGGGGGAUGGCCAUUGGAUCAAAGAGCCGGAGGGGUUUGAUGUUAUUCUUAAGUUCUUGGGGCGUGGGUCGCAGCUUGCCUGAAAUAGACCGUGCAUGUACUAUGUAGCUUCCAGGUUGUGCUACACCUUACGCCGUUCCCUGAAAUGGAUCGCCCCCGCAAAACCUACA